CUGUAGUGACUCGUAUGUAAUGGUGUGGCCUGGCUAUGCUGGCCGUUGCUGCUGCCAGCCUGGCACAAAAUGCCCGCCCUGGGGCAACAACCCUGCAAGCAAAGUUCAGCUCAAUGCCCAGAAAUGAAUGCUAAAGGACUUAUCCUCAAAGCAUUUGAACGGUAUCGCCUAAAAACCUGUAUUGACUUCAAACCUUGGGAAGGAGAAAAAAAUUAUAUAUCAGUGUUCAAGGGCAGUGGUUGCUGGUCCUAUGUAGGGAACCGCCAAGAAGGGAAGCAACAACUCUCAAUUGGAGCCAACUGCGACAGGAUUGCAACUAUUCAACAUGAGUUCCUUCAUGCACUCGGAUUCUGGCAUGAGCAAUCACGAUCCGACCGGGAUGAUUAUGUCUCCAUAAUGUGGGACAGAAUUCAGUCUGGUAAAGAACACAAUUUCAAUACAUACGAUGAUAAAACAUCAAAUGCCCUGAAUGUUCCUUAUGAUUACACUUCUGUGAUGCACUAUAGUAAAACAUCGUUCAUGAACGGAACUGAACCAACCAUAGUAACUAACAUACCAGAAUUCAUGGAUGUGAUUGGGCAACGAAUGGAUUUCAGUGAUUAUGAUCUCCAGAAGCUAAAUCGCCUAUACAACUGCACCUCCUCACUAAGCUUUAUGGACACAUGCAGUUUUGAACUUGAAAAUGUAUGCGGCAUGAUUCAAAGUUCAGAAGAUAACAGUGACUGGCAGCGUGUGUCUCAGGUACCUGCCGGCCCACAUACUGAUCAUACCAAUAUGGGAGACUGCAAAGAUACUGGGUACUUCAUGCAUUUUAACACCAGUGCUGGCAGCGUGGGAGAAACAGCUACUCUGGAGAGCCGCAUUCUAUAUCCGAAAAGAGGAUUUCAGUGCUUACAAUUCUAUUAUUACAACAGUGGUCAUGAAAGUGAUAAGCUGAACAUCUUAGUCAGGGAGUAUGCUUUAGCCAGCUCCAAUAGUACUUUAAGACUCGUUGAAAGGAUACAAGGUUCACCUCUGGAUUAUUGGCAGCUUUACCAUGUUCCUUUGAACGCCACAAGUAAAUUCAGGAUUGUAUUUGAAGGCAUAAAAGGAAAUGGUUCAUCAAAUGGUGGCCUUUCUAUUGAUGACAUUAACCUUUCAGAAACACAGUGUCCCCAUCAUGUCUGGCAUAUAAGAAAUUUCACACAUCUCCUCAAUACAAGUCCUGCACAAAAUAAAAUAUACAGUCCUCCUUUUUACUCUAGUAAAGGAUAUGCUUUUCAGGUUGGCUUGUAUGUGAAUGGUACCAGUAGCAACCCAUUUAACUUAGCAAUAUAUUUGCACUUAAUCUCUGGAGUAAAUGAUGAUCAUCUGCAGUGGCCUUGUGAAUGGCAACAAGUUACUAUGGUGCUGUUGGAUCAAAAUCCUGAUAUUCGUCAACACAUGUCAAAUCAAAGAAGUGUAACAACAGAUCUAUCUGUAUUAACAGAUUCCUCAUCUUAUUUUUGGGACAGGCCAGACAAAGUAGGAUCGCCUGCUAAUUUCGCUAAUGGGACUCAAUUCAUGAGAGGGCCAGGACGUGGAACUAAUGGAUUUCUAACUCAUGAAAGGCUUAGAAGCCUCAACUUCAUCAAAGAAGAUGGUGUUUACAUUCUUUUAACAAUGGAAGAUAUCUCACAUCUGAUAUUAACUGAACCAAGCUUAACAAAUGCUAUCGCCACAGCAACCACCAUUCCCACAACAGUACCCGUGACAGCAACUCUAAAUUUCUGUGUAAAUGGUGGUAUCUCCAUUGUCGUCGAUGAAAAACCAGUGUGCAGAUGUCCAGCAGGUAAUGACUGGUGGUAUAUGGGAGAAAAGUGUGAGAGGAGAGGCUCAACUAAAGAAAAUAUUAUAAUAGCUGUUUCCUCGACAAUGGCUGUAUUUGUCAUUAUGCUCCUUGUCACUAUUAUAAGCACAUGUUGCAUGAAGAAGAAAUACCACCAAAAAAUGAUAAAAAACAAAGAAGCUUGGAUUUUAGAAAACAAUGAACAUCUGAGACAUAAAAUGAAUGAAAUCUGAGACAUAAAAGCCAAUGACCAAAAGAUCAGUGUUUGAAGUCACCUGGAUGUCUCAAUCACACAAUUAUUUUACAGUUAUAGUUCAUCUUAGUCAUUUUGCUAAAAUCUGUUAAGAAUGAAAAAUAAAGCAUCAUCUUAGAUAACGUCUGGGUACUAUGACAAGACCAAUAAAGUGUCUGAAAUUGGUAGGCUUACGGCUUCUACUCAUCGCACGUGGAAAUGUGUCAUUGUGUGAGAUAUCUGACAUUUGCUUUAAAUCUCCCUGAACAUGGUGAAGAUAUACAGAACAAAGAGAGACUAGAUUUUUUAAAAUCUGUUGAAGUCUCACCAGGCAGCCUAGAUUAUCCAUUUUACCAAGACAACAAUUAGACACUGUCUCAUUGGGCUGCUGGCACCUCAGCUUGGCAUACAAAUCCAAGUAAACAUGUACACCUACUAAAUGCUCCUGAUGCAUUUUCAUGAACUGAUUCAUGAGACGUUGCUGGCAGCUGCAUAUUUUUAUUGUACAAAACAUUCAAAACAAGACUAGCUUCAAAGACCUGAGUACAUGAAAGUAGCUAAGCACUAAAUGAUAAAUACAACAUUAUCCGACACCAUGACUUGACUGUCUUUUUGCAUCUUGUCCAAGAGACACCACACUUCCUUAGAUUUGAAAGGUUGAUUAUUUCCACUGUUUAUAGAGUGAACAAGCUGAGGAACAGGGAUAUAUUGUGAGCAAGUUGCUCUGAAUGCUUUCAGAAGAGCUGCUUUAACCUCUUUACAUCUGGCAAAAGUGAGAACAGUUUUAAGGAAAAAGGACAGACUUUUUAGAACACUCAAGUUCCAGUGUACUUGUUUCACAGAAAACACAUCUCUAUUUUUCCAGAGUGUUAAUGAUGGUGCGUAUUAGUGAUAAUAUCACCUGUAAUUUUUUAAAUAAAUUUUAAACACUGA